UCAAAUUAUUGAGCAAGUGGAGACUGAAUGGAGCGACUCUAGACCGGAAGUUGUGAAUUACCUUUUAGCUAACCGUUGUCCGGUCUUUAUUAGAAAACUAGUUAAUUCUCUCUGUUAUUACGCUAAGUGUUUUGUAUUCUGAGAUUAUGUGUUACGUUUAUUAAGAAGUAAGAAUGUAUUAUCAAGCUAUUGUGUAGUAUUUGGUAUAAGAGUUGCUAGCGAUACGAUGUGGUAGCGUUAGCAUUUAGCUAAAAUCGCUCAACGGGAUCGUGCAGUGAAUGGAGGGGCGCGCUUAAAUGCAUUUGUUCGUACUGACAGGUUGAAUAGCAUAUAAAACAAACGGAAUAAAAACAUGGCUACUGGUGCUGAUGUUAGGGAUAUUCUGGAGCUGGGCGGAGGAGAAAAUGACGGUCCUAUCAGCAAGAAAGACCUCAUCAACUCAGAUAAGAAAAAAACAAAGAAGGCAGCAGAAACAUUGACCUUCAAGAGGCCAGAGGGAAUGCACAGAGAGGUCUACGCUCUUCUCUAUUCGGACAAGAAAGAUGCCCCCCCUCUGCUGCCCAGUGAUACAACUCAAGGCUACAGAACUGUCAAAGCCAAACUCGGCUGUAAAAAGGUUCGACCCUGGAAAUGGAUGCCUUUCACAAAUCCCGCUCGAAGAGAUGGAGCCAUUUUCCACCACUGGAGACGAGUGGCAGAAGAGGGAAAGGACUACCCAUUUGCUCGCUUCAACAAGACGGUGCAAGUACCAGUGUACUCGGAGCAGGAGUAUCAGAUGUAUCUCCACGAUGAUGGUUGGACUAAAGCAGAGACGGACCAUCUCUUUGACCUCUGCAAGCGAUUUGACCUUCGAUUUGUGGUGGUUCACGAUCGCUAUGACUACCAGCAGUACAGAAAACGCUCCGUGGAAGACUUGAAGGAGCGAUAUUACAGUAUCUGCGGCAAGCUGACCAAAGUUCGGGCAGCGUCUGGGACAGAGCCUAAAAUCUACAUUUUUGAUGCUGCUCACGAGAGAAGACGUAAGGAGCAGCUUGAUAAGCUCUUUAACCGCACGCCUGAACAAGUGGCAGAAGAGGAGUAUCUUAUUCAGGAGCUGAGGAAGAUUGAAAAUAGGAAGAAAGAGCGCGAGAAAAAGGCUCAAGAUCUGCAGAAACUCAUCAAAGCAGCUGACACAACUACGGAAUUGAGACGAGCUGAAAAGAGAGUUUCUAAAAAGAAGAUUCCACAGAAAAGAGAAACGGAAAAACCGGCGGUUCCAGAGACCGCAGGUAUCAAGUUCCCCGACUUUAAAUCAGCUGGUGUCACCCUGCGCAGUCAGAGGAUGAAACUGCCCAGCUCAGUUGGCCAGAAAAAAAUCAAGGCUAUCGAGCAGAUCCUGGUGGAGCAAGGAGUGGACCUGAACCCGAUGCCCACAGAGGAGAUCGUUCAAAUGUUCAACGAGCUCCGCAGUGACCUGGUGCUGCUGUACGAGCUGAAACAAGCUCACAGCAACUGUGAGUACGAGCAGCAGAUGCUCCGCCACCGGUACGAGGCGCUCCUGAAGGCCGGCAGCGGGGCCGGCAGCGGGGCCGGCUGCGGCGGACUCGCCGUGGUGGGACCGAGCGCCGCGUCGCAGGGCGUGGAACUCAACAUCCUGAACAGCAACGCGUCGUCCACGCCGGGGCCCGACCCUCAGUCGUGGCUCAGCGCAGACGACAUCAAGGUGGAAGCCAAGGAGCAGAUCAUUGAUGUUGUCGGAGCUCCGCUCACUCCGAACUCCCGGAAACGCAGAGAAUCGGCAUCCAGCUCAUCGUCUGUGAAGAAAGCAAAGAAGCCUUAAUGAGACGGUCUGAAGGACGUGGAGGAGAUGACCGGGGAGAGUUAUGGUCGGCCAACACGGACACAACUGAACCGGACACUAUAUUACUGUCUAUUUACACAGAAGCAACUGUGUCUGCGCACACACACACACACAGACCUACACCUCACUUACUAACUAGAUCUCUCCAAACCCUCUCCAUCUGGCUGUGACAAAGCCAACGACUGAGUGACAUUUCAUUCCAUUACUGCUCGUCUCCCUUCCUCCACCACUGGUUGGCCUGAGAUGAGGCAAGUGCAACUGUAAAUUGCCAGCCUGAGCUAAUCGGGACAUCGAGAAGAAGGUGGGAAUGACUGGGUAAUUGAAAUGAAUUGGAAUGACAGAAGAGUCGGGGAGCGGGUGGACCUGCAGCCAAAAUGCUCAUUUGAGCGCUCUAAGGGUUGUGAUUGUUUGGGGUUUUCCUGUGUAGCCUCAUCAUACUGUAGUGUUUACUGGAGAUGUUUUGAUAUUAGCCCGCAGAGGCGGCGGCCGCCUCCACCCGCUGCCCUUCCUUCACAUUCACCUCUGAGGAACGGCUUGAUUUUUCUCUCAGGUGACAUUGAAAAUCCAACAGCUCGUUGUUGAAUAAACCUUUUUGUUUUUUCUA